UUUUGUCGUGUCUGUUUAUUUGUUAGCAGCAAUGUCAUACGUUCUGUUUUCAAAAAUAUAAGUCACACUAGGUGUACAACAAACCAAACAACAUAAUAACGAUAUUUCCAGCGAUUUUGCCCCUCCCCCUCCAAAAAAGACUAGACUCUAAGGGGGCAACUGAUGUACUUGUCUUUGAUGUUGUCAAGGUCAAGAACGACCAAUCAAGUGCAUACCUUUGUAUGUAAACAAAACAGAUUACUCUUUGGUUUGUUAAUAGUAAAUAUGAAACAACUAUUUAUGAAAAGAGUAAUGUAAAUAUAACAGAAAUAAAAACAAUAAAGACGAUUUCACAUUUUCUAAUACUAGGAAUGGCCUACUAGUAGGACAUUCUCCCACAGAACCUAAAGGCAACAAAGUACAUCUCCACCAUCCCUGCUGUCCCCAGAACACAGAGCCGCUACACUCCAGGUGGAAUGGACGUAUUCUCUGCUACUCCCGUUCUCAGUCCGCCAGAGCCGCGGGGAAAGCCAGGCCCGACAUGACAGCGUCUGCACGGGACAAGAAAUUCUGCCAGCAGUCGCGGGUAACGGUCCGUCCGGAGACGGUGUGGAUUGCGGGUCGCUACAUCGCGCUGGCCGCCCUGUGUAUCCUGUGCUAUAGCAACUCUCUCCACGGGGAGUUGGUGCACGACGAUGUGUGGGCUAUCGUCAACAAUCCGGACGUCCGACCUGGCUCCAGCCUCAGAAACAUCUUCAGCGACGACUUUUGGGGCAAGAGGAUGGCGGACAACACGAGCCACAAGUCUUACAGACCGCUGUGCAUCCUCACCUUCAAGUUGAACAUCGUGCUGGGUGGUAUGACACCUCUGUAUUUCCACAUUGUCAACGUGUGUUUGCACUGCACCGUAACCUGCCUGCUGAUGCACGUAUGCCAGUGCCACGUGUUUGAAAACCGCCGCCUGGCCUUCGUCACGGCGCUCCUCUUCACCGUGCACCCUGUCCACACCGAGGCUGUGUCUGGUAUCGUGGGUAGAGCUGAUGUGUUGGCCUGUCUGCUGUUUUUGCUGACAUUCCUCUCCUAUAUUAGGAGUGUGGGUGGGCGUGUCUCUGAGGACUCGCUGGCCUUCACGGUGUCGUCAUCUUCGCUGUUCCUCAGUUUGCUGCUGGGCACCUGCGCCAUGCUGGUGAAAGAGACAGGCAUCACCGUGUUUGGAGUGUGCUUGCUCUACGACGCCCUGGUGCUUUGCCGCAAGCCUCUCAUGUAUCACCUGUCUAGUUCUACACUCAGGGAGCUCCUCCACAUCUGUAGCCCCUUCAUCAAACGAGCCUGCCUUAUCACCGGCUAUGUAGUGAUCAUCGUGUCUUUCAGGCUUUGGCUGAUGGGAGGAUCCAUGCCGCUUUUUUCUGAACAAGACAAUCCCACCUCCUUCUCACCUCACUUUCUCACCAGGUCAGCAUCACACUCAGAUGGAGACAGAAGAAUCUGGUUUUUAACCUACUCAUAUUUGCUGUCCUUUAAUGCCUGGUUGCUGCUGGCCCCCAUUGUGCUGUGUUAUGACUGGCAGGUUGGCAGCAUUAUGUUGGUGGAAUCGCUGGGUGAUGUGCGCAAUGUGGCCACUAUGCUGCUGGCUGUAGUGAUGAUUGCUUUAUGCCUGCACUGCAUCUUUUCACUGCAGAGGCGAGACAGUAGGGAGGUGUUGGUGGGAUUGUUGUUUCUGGUGUUUCCCUUCAUUCCUGCCAGUAACCUGUUCUUUAGGGUUGGAUUUGUCGUGGCUGAAAGGGUUCUCUACAUGCCGAGCAUGGGUUACUGUAUCCUGGUGGCUCAUGGACUUGGUCGUCUGUGUUCGUCGGUUGGCCGUUGGGGCACCGCAGUUCUCAGUGUGUCCAUGCUGCUACUGGUCCUGCUGUUCUCAUGGAAGACUGUCCAUCAGAACAAUGUGUGGCUCUCCAGGGAGGCCCUGUUCCUUUCUGGUAUCCAGACGCUGCCUCACAAUGCCAAAGUCCACUACAACUAUGCCAACUUCCUGAAAGACGCCGGUCGGCACCAGGAGGCAAUUCACCACUACACCACUGCCCUCAGGUUAUACCCCCGUCAUGCCAGCGCCAUGAAUAAUCUUGGCACUUUGACUCGCAGCCCAGAGGAGGCAGAGAUGUACUACAGGAAAGCACUGGAAACCAACCCUCAGCACAACCGAGCUCUGUUUAACCUGGGAAACCUCUUUAAAUCUCAGGGGAAGGAGAAAGAAGCUGAGGCUCUGCUCAAGGACUCAAUUCGCUUUGGUCCACAUUUUGCUGAUGCUUACUCCAGUUUGGCAUCACUCUAUGCUGAACAGAAACGCUUUUCUGAAGCCAAUGAAGUUUAUUUAAAAGGUAUAGAGAACUGUCCCGACAGCUCCGACCUGCAUAACAACUACGGCGUGUUUCUGGUGGAUACGGGAGAAGGACAGCGGGCAGCUGCUCACUACCAGCAAGCUGUGCGACUCAAACCGGCACAUUACGUAGCCAUGGUAAACCUGGGCCGUCUGCUCCGAUCGUCCAAUGAGAAUAAAGAAGCUGAGUCUUGGUACAAAAGGGCACUGCAGGUGACAAGGAAGGUGGACAUUCUGACACCACUUGGAGCAUUAUACUACAACACAGGUCGCUACAAGGAGGCUUUGCAGGUGUACAGAGAAGCUGUGGCCCUGCAACCGGAGAGCACCGACAUCUGGCUGGCUCUCGCUCAGGUUUUAGCAAUGGCUGGUCGUACCAAAGAGGCAGAGAAGAUGAUGCUCGAUGUCAUAUCCAGAAAAGGCAACUGCAUAGAAUGUUACCGCCUCCUGUCUGCAAUCUACAGCAAGCGUGGCAACUACACAGAGGCUCUGGAGGCUUUGGACAAGGCCCUGCAGCAGAAUCCCAGUGACCUGACAGUGAGAGCAGAGCUAUAUUUUUCCAAAGGGAACCAGCUCAGAGAGAUGAACCAGCUGGACCGAGCCUUUGAGAGUUACAAGCUCGCUGUUGAGCUCAAACCAGACCAAUCACAGGCCUGGAUGAACAUGGGAGGAAUUCAGCACAUCAAGGGAGAUUAUGCAGCUGCCAGGAUGUACUACCAACGCGCCCUCCUUCUCAGUCCAGGUUCCAAACUUCUGAAGGAAAACCUUGCCAAGCUGGACCGACUGGAGAGGAGACUGACAGGGGCUGUGUAGACUGGUGCCAGUGACACGACACAGUGGGACAAACACUUGCUCUGGAGCCCAAACACCACCCAUUAAGACUGUUGAAUAAACUUAGUCUGUUACGACGAUGGGUAGGAGAGAAAAGAAGUAGGGUGAACCUCUCGGGCCUUCAAAGAGACUGGCCCCCAACUACAGGCCCAAAGCCUUUCCUGAAGGAUACAAAGAGAAGCUGGUAAGAGCUCUGUGCAUUACCAGCCUGCAUCAGCUUUUCUUCAACAUGCAUAUCUGUUUUCAACAUUUGCGUUUCAUUUUCUUUAAGGCACUUAAUCAGAGAUCUUCCUGAGCUCUGUGCUCUGCCUUUGAAAAUGAUUCACAUAUUUACAUUAAUGCAAUAAAAGUGUGCAGAUUUAAUGAAGGGAACGAGUGGGCAGGUAUUUUCCUGACCCUAAGGUAUGAAUAAUAAAAUGAUGUAGGUUCAGAAGUCACCUGUUUGCUUUGGGGUUCUUUCAGCUCAUGGACACGAAGAACAUCAGAGCCCACUGUUUCAUGCAAACAAACCAUGUCCCAACCUGACAUAAGACACCUACACUUCACACAAAGACAUUUUUGUGAAUCAAUGCCCAUAAACGGAGGUGUAUCGAUUAUUUUUAUGCUUUUGCAUGAAUUAAGAUUGAAGACAAAUCUCAAAUCAAGACCAAGUGUAACCUAACUGUUGGUAAGCCUCAGAGCCAAACAUUUAUGAUGUUGGUAACUUCCAGCUUCUGAAAAUUCCAAAUCCCAGCCAGCAAUGAUUUCCAUCUCCGUCAGUAUCACAGCAAACCAACUCACACAAACUCUUGGAACGUGCUGUCAUUUGGAUUGUUGUUCUUUAUCAAUUCAAAAUGAAGCGUCUCAGCAAAGUUUUUAUUGAUUACUUAUUAUUUUAAAAUGAGUGGUAGUACAAUGUGGCUUUGGAGUUGGAAUCAAUCAGGCACAUUUAACUCUGAGCAACUCUGAAAUUCAGCAGAGGAGCUCUUUGCUGAAACAGUGUCUUGAUGCUCUGAUAUUGUAUCCACGGGACACAAAAGUAGUCCCAUUUCUGCUGUUACAGUUUAUGGCUCCUGCCCUCCAGCAGCUGGGGACUUUCAGACUGCUAACUCUGAACUUCUCUGCAGCAGAAGGAAGUUUUGGCUUGACUGGUUCCUUGUACAUUGUUCAGUGGUAUAAGUGUAACAAUGACAUGAUUGUAUUCUCUGAUACAUUGUGUCCAUCAUCAAAAAUCACACAGGCAGUGUUACGCUGUCUUGUUUGCAGCAUUGUCUGUCCUCAGACUUUUAACUUUACAUUUUUAGAAAAUAAAAUUUCCAAACUCUAAUUGAAAAUGA